AGCGGUAGGUUAUCUUCCACAAUUAAUCCUUGAAUUUUUAAAGAAUCGCAAAAAAUCUAAACGUCACUAACAAUGGCAAUCCGACCAGUGUACAGGCCUAAAAUCGUCAAAAAGAGGACGAAGAAAUUCAUUAGGCACCAGAGCGAUCGAUAUGACAAACUUAAGCGCAACUGGAGGAAGCCCAAGGGUAUUGACAACAGAGUCCGCAGGCGUUUCAAGGGCCAGUAUUUGAUGCCCAAUGUUGGUUACGGAAGCAACAAAAAGACCCGUCACAUGCUCCCUACCGGAUUCCGCAAAGUCCUUGUUCACAACGUUAAGGAAUUGGAAGUCCUGAUGAUGCAGAACCGCAAAUUUUGCGCAGAAAUUGCUCAUGCAGUCAGCAGCAAGAAGCGCAAAUCGAUAGUCGAGCGUGCUCAGCAGUUGUCUAUUCGCAUAACGAACGCCAAUGCUCGCCUGCGUUCUGAGGAGAACGAAUAAACUAUUGUAAAUUUUUUAAAAUAUAACUUUAAAAUUUA